ACGCGGCUGCUGCGGGCGAGCUCCAGCUCCGGCGGCAGCGAGCGGCCGCGGCACCGGCGCCAUGCUGAACAACCUGACCGACUGCGAGGACGGCGACGGCGGCGCCAGCCAAGGCGAUGGCAACCCCAAGGAGAGCAGCCCCUUCAUUAACAGCACGGACCUGGAGAAGGGCAAGGAGUACGAUGGCAAGAACAUGGCCCUCUUCGAGGAGGAGAUGGACACCAGCCCUAUGGUCUCGUCCCUGCUGAGUGGACUGGCCAAUUACACCAACCUGCCACAGGGCAGCCGGGAGCACGAGGAGGCUGAGAACAAUGAUGGAGGCAAGAAGAAGCCGGUGCAGGCCCCACGGAUGGGCACCUUCAUGGGUGUCUACCUGCCCUGCCUUCAGAACAUCUUUGGAGUCAUCCUCUUCCUGCGUCUCACCUGGGUGGUGGGGAUCGCUGGCAUCAUGGAGUCAUUCUGCAUGGUCUUCCUCUGCUGCUCCUGCACGAUGCUGACGGCCAUUUCCAUGAGCGCGAUCGCCACCAACGGUGUGGUGCCAGCGGGUGGCUCCUACUACAUGAUCUCACGCUCGCUGGGACCCGAGUUUGGUGGGGCUGUGGGGCUCUGCUUCUACCUGGGCACCACCUUUGCCGGUGCCAUGUACAUCCUGGGCACCAUCGAAAUCCUGCUGGCCUACAUCUUCCCGGCCAUGGCCAUCUUCAAGGCAGAGGAUGCCAGCGGGGAGGCAGCUGCAAUGCUCAACAACAUGCGUGUGUACGGCACCUGUGUGCUGACCUGCAUGGCCACCGUCGUGUUCGUGGGUGUCAAGUAUGUCAACAAAUUUGCCCUGGUCUUCCUGGGCUGUGUCAUCCUCUCCAUCCUCGCCAUCUAUGCUGGUGUUAUCAAAUCUGCCUUUGACCCACCAAGCUUCCCGAUCUGCCUCCUGGGCAACAGGACCCUCUCACGCCACGGCUUUGACCUCUGCACCAAGAUGGUGGUGGAGGGGAAUGAGACAGUUGGCUCCAAACUCUGGGAGCUUUUCUGCACCUCCCGUUUCCUCAAUGCGACCUGUGAUGAGUACUUCACCAUGAACAACGUCACUGAGAUCGAGGGCAUCCCUGGUGCUGCCAGCGGCCUCAUCCAAGAGAACCUCUGGAGCUCAUACCUUACCAAGGGCGUGAUCGUGGAGAAGCGGGGGCUGCCCUCGGUGAGCUCCCCCGACACCCCAGUGGACAUGGACCAGCCCUACGUCUUCAGCGACAUGACGUCCUACUUCACCCUGCUCGUCGGCAUCUACUUCCCCUCGGUGACAGGUGGGAGCCGCCGCGGGCCCCGCUCCGUGGGCACAGCACGUGUGGCCGGGCGCGCUCCCGCACGUGUGCCACCCCCGCACCCGGGGGUGCGUGCGGCGGUGACAGCGGCGGCGCGGGGGCGGCCGGUCGCCAUCGCCUCCCCCGCAGCCGCCCGCGCUCCAGAUCUGACGGUGCCGCCCGGUGCGCGCUGA